AUGAGGCAGUACAGUAGUCUCAUGGAUAAAAUUUCAAGAGAAACAACGGAGCCAUUUUCAGUCUGUUAUGGCCCAUUUGAAUUACUAGAAAGCGACGUUUCAACUAAAGUGAAUAGCAAAGCCAUUGAAGUAUAUGAUUUUUCCGUUGUAAAAAUCAGUCUUUCCGAAAAGAUUGAUUUUGGAGAUGAAUCAUUAGAUUCUAGUCUAAAAAGAGAUGAUGACUCCUCAUAUUAUUCAUAUGAAAGAGACUUAAUAGCUUCGGACAAUUCCUCCAAGUUUUCCUCUGGAAGAAAUUUUCCUUGUCCCUAUAAAGACUGCAGGAAAAUAUAUACAAGCUCAUACGGGCUAAAAUAUCACAUGGAUCAUGGUCAUACUGCAGAAAAGAACAAUGAAAAAAGGCCUUAUAUUUGUACAAUUGAUAACUGUGGAAAGACAUAUAAGAAUAAUAAUGGCCUCAAAUAUCAUGUUCUGCAUGCUCACAAAGGGCACAUUUUUAACGAAUCUGACUAUUUUAUGUAA